GCGGCUCCGCGCCUUCUUCCCAUCGGCCUCGGCUUGCGGGCCUUUCAAACAUGGAGGAGCCGGAGCGGGGGGCGAGGUCGGCUCGCGCCGGGAGCCCCGUGCGCCCGCCCAGUCCGCGGCUGGAUGUCAGCUCUGACAGCUUCGACCCGCUGCUGGCUCUGUACGCGCCCCGCCUGCCUCCCAUACCCUACCCCAACGCCCCCUGCUUCAACAACGUGGCCGAAUACGAGAGCUUCCUCAGGACCGGGGUCCGGGGCGGCGGGCGCGGGCGCGGGCGCGGGCGGGCUCGGGGCGCGGCCGCGGGCUCGGGGGUUCCCGCCGCUCCCGGGCCCUCGGGCAGGACUCGCCGCCGUCCGGACGCGCCCGCCCCGGACCCCGAGCGCAUCCAGCGCCUCCGCCGUCUCAUGGUGACCAAAGAGGAAGGGGACGGGGCCGCCGGAGCGGGCCGGAGGGGUCCGGGUCGGAGCAGGAAGGCGCCGCGCAACGUGCUCACGCGAAUGCCCUUGCAUGAAGGCAGCCCUCUGGGUGAACUCCAUCGCUGUAUCCGGGAGGGGGUGAAGGUGAAUGUUCACAUCCGCACUUUCAAGGGACUUCGGGGCGUCUGUACAGGCUUCCUUGUUGCAUUCGACAAGUUCUGGAAUAUGGCACUUACUGAUGUCGACGAGACCUACCGAAAACCUGUACUUGGCAAAGCAUAUGAACGCGAUUCUUCACUAACUCUCACUAGGUUAUUUGAUCGGCUGAAACUUCAAGAUUCCUCCAAGAAGGAAGCAGAUUCUAAGUCCGCAGUUGAAGAUUCCACUCUGUCCAGAUAUUCACAGACAUCCACUUGGAAGUUGGCUUCAGUGUGGGGAAGAGGAGACACUGACCGGGGCUCACACAAGCGUUCCCGCUCUGUCCCUUCUUCCCUGCAGGCCUCUGCAAGGGAGGAGUCCAGGUCAGAGUUGUCAGGGAGGACUACACGGACAGAAGGCUCCAGUGUGGGAGGUACCUUUUCCAGGGCUACCACCCUUUCCAGAAGCCAGUCCCGUAAGAAAAAGCGAAAGCCCAAAGUGGAUUACCAGCAGGUGUUCACUCGACACAUAAAUCAGAUUUUCAUUCGAGGCGAGAAUGUCCUGCUGGUUCAUCUUGCACAGUGAACAGCUCAGCCUGAGCUUUGGUUUUUAGAAAUAAAGUGCAUGAGUUGCUGCU